GGGCGGCCCGUGCCGGUACCGGAGAUCAUCUGCAGUCGCUUGCAGCGGAGUGUGCAACAACAAAGUCAAGGAAUUGGGAAUUAGAGUUCCUCGCUCCCUAGGUCAAGGACCUAGCAGAUUCAUCCCAGAAGAAGAGAUCCUACAAGUUGGAACAGAGGGUGUAAAUAUGCACACAGUGUUUGCUGAUGCUCUUGCCGAUAUGGGUCGGCUGGAUAAUAUUACCCUGGUGAUGGUUUUUCACCCGCAGUAUUUGGAAGGCUUCCUGAAAACACAGCAUUACCUGCUGCAGAUGGAUGGCCCCUUACCUGCCUGUUAUCAGCACUAUAUAGGGAUUAUGGCUGCAGCCAGGCAUCAGUGCUCCUAUCUUGUGAACCUGCAUGUCAAUGACUUUAUUCAGAGUGGAGGGGACCAGAAGUGGUUAAAUGGGCUGGAAAAUGCUCCACUGAAGCUCCGUAAUCUAGGAGAGCUGAACAAGUUGCUGGCACACAGACCUUGGCUGAUCACAAAAGAACACAUUGAGCAAUUGCUUAAAACUGGAGAACACAGUUGGUCUUUGGCAGAGCUGAUCCAUGCAGUUGUUCUUCUUGCUCACUAUCACUCAUUGGCCUCUUUUACAUUCGGCUGUGGGAUAAGUCCUGAAAUCCACAGUGAUGGGGGCCACACUCUUCGGCCCCCAUCUGUCAAUAACUACUGCAUUUGUGACAUAACAAAUGGAAACCAUGGAGGGGAUGAAAGCCGCCAGACAGCAGGAAACCUGAGUUUAGAUUCUUCUUGUGAAGUUGAAGUUCUUAUGGAGAAAAUGAAACAGCUUCAAGAAUGUAGAGAUGAAGAAGAAGCUAGUCAGGAGGAAAUGGCUACUCGUUUUGAAAGGGAGAAGAUUGAAAGCAUGCUAGCUUUUGCUACAGAAGAUGAAGACCCUCCUCCAGCCCGAAAUGUCUCGAAACAUUUUGAAGACACAAGUUAUGGCUACAAAGACUUCUCUCGACGCGGAAUGCAUGUUCCAACUUUCCGAGUACAGGAUUUCAGCUGGGAAGACCAUGGCUACUCCUUAGUAAAUCGUCUUUAUCCAGACGUUGGGCAGCUACUAGAUGAAAAGUUUCACAUUGCAUAUAACCUUACUUAUAACACUAUGGCAAUGCACAGUCAUGUAGAUACCUCAACUCUGCGAAGGGCCAUAUGGAACUAUGUUCAUUGUAUGUUUGGAAUAAGGUAUGACGAUUAUGACUAUGGAGAAAUAAAUCAGCUACUGGACCGUAGCUUUAAAGUUUACAUAAAAAAUGUGGUGUGCAGUCCAGAAAAGACAACCAAAAGAAUGUAUGACAGCUUCUGGAGGCAGUUCAGGCAUUCUGAGAAGGUUCAUGUUAAUUUGCUUCUUAUGGAAGCGAGGAUGCAAGCUGAACUCCUUUAUGCUCUGAGAGCAAUCACUAGGUAUAUGACCUGAAUGCGCAGUCUUCAAUGACAUCCUACAAUGAAUGUAUCACGGGGAUCUCUGCUCUCUGGACUUGCCUUUUUGGUAUCUACGUUUUUUCAGAAGUCCAUUGUGCCAUAAUUCCUAUCAUAUCAGCUGGUUGGUUUUUACUAGGCUGACAGUUGAAUGUUGGCAAAGCCUUGCAAUCCUGCAACUCAUGAACACAUACAAGUCUGGUCUUUGGGAUCCAGUUGUGUGUUCUUGCAGUGAUGGACUCUUUGGAAGUAUUGAGGAUGGACUGGGAAACGUGUGCUCUGUAUUUCCACUGGGGCUAUAGUGGUGCUGCUGUCCUGUUGACAAGAUGUGGAUGUUCCCAUUAAGCUAAAUAAGCAAGCAUAUAUGGAUACUGCUACAACCUGAGCCUUGUUAUAACAUCAUACAGAAAGUGUGCAUUCCCAUACACUUGUGCAUGUUAAUUUUUUUUGCCAUAUACAGCAACUUUGAAAUCUCCAACCCCACUUUGCAGAAUUACAGCUAGACCAUUGGCUGUGUAUAGUGCUGUACAAUAAGCUGUGAGAUAUAAGAUUUGAACGGUCUUCCUUACAAUGUGUGUGUAUAUACAUAGUAUUCACUCUUUAGAAGGUCUGCUCGAUAUUCUUUGACUACAGGGAAUGUGGAAUACCUCUUGGUUGUGGGGUGCACACUUUGGGAUCUCACUCUGCUGUAGUCUGUGGCAGCAGUCAGGGUAGAAGGAUGCAGUUAGGCUAUCUGAACUGGUAACGUACUAGUCAUUUGCUUCUGCUGACAACCACCCGCGGUUUACAGUUUCAAACUUGAUUAAGAUGUGAAUGUUAAACGAAAACCUAGCUGGGUUUGGAAAAGAAAUGUAUGAAAGGGUUUGUAUUAUGGAAGUUAUAAACAGGUAAAUAUCUUUUGAAGCUUUUUCAGUAUUGAUAUUUUCUAAAUAAAGAUAAAUAAAU